CCGACCCCGCACCCCGUGACAAUCCAACCUCAGCCGACCGUUUCCGUCUCACUGUCCAAGCAGCCAACGCUCACUUAUACCAGCUCUGAACCGAAGUCGACCUGCCAGUCUGGGUGCGGCGAGUAUGACUGCCGCCAGUUUGGCUGCGGCGACGACGACGACGACGACGACGAUGACAACGAUGACGAUGACGAUGACGAUGACGAUAACAAUGACGACGACGACCAUGGCUGUGGAAUUUUUGGCUGCGGUGGCGGAUGUGGCAUCCUCGGCUGUGGCGGAGGUUGCGGCUUGGCCGGGUGCGGCACCGGCUGUCUUCCCGGUAUUGGAUGCCCUCCAGGAAGUCAGUGCCCUCUCAACAAAUGCGGCGGCAUUGGAUGCAGGGGUGGAGGCUGCGGAACUGAGAAUGAAGGCGACUGUGAGCCAGAGACGGCGGACGAUUGCACCCUGUGGGUGAGCAGCACUUUGACAGCCUCUCCCGGCCGAUACAGUACCACCACAAGGGUAAGUGGCUGAACUUGUCGGGCUUCUGGAGCCUGGA